AUGCUCCGCUCACUCUCCCGUGCGCGCCCCCCACUCCGCGCCCCGACUUGCACGAGGGCUGCGACAUACCCUGCUCACUACUACAACUACAAGAGCCCCAACGAUAUCCCCAUCCGCACAAACCUCAGGGGAUCAGAACUUCUCAACACCCCCGCCGUGACCACUCACCACUCCGCCCCUGGCGACACUCCGAAGGCUAACGACCAGCUCAACAAGGGCGCCGGCUUCAGUCGCGAGGAGCGUGCCGUGUUCGGACUCGAAGGCUUCCUCCCUUACGAUGUGCACAGUCUCGAGCGCCAGGCGCUGCGAGCGUACAACCAGCUCAAGAAGCAGCCGUCCGUCAUCCAGCAGCAUGCCUUCCUUGCGAGUUUGCGAGACCAGAACCAGGUCCUUUUUUACCGCUUGAUGCAGGACCACUUGAAGGAGCUCCUCGGCGUGCUCUACACCCCUGGCGCGGCGCAGGCCGUCGCGCAGUACUCGAACCUGUUCCGACGACCGAUCGGAUGCUUCCUCUCGUAUCCUAACAAGGACGGCAUGCGCGCCCAGCUGCUCGCACACCUGCACGACAUCAACCGCGUCGCCGACGUAGCCAUGGCGUCCGAGGAUCCUAAGGAGACGAUCGACCUCGUCGUGGUGACUGAUGCCGAGGCGAUUCUGGGUAUCGGCGACCAGGGUGUUGGUGGUAUCACCAUCUCGACGUCUAAGUCGGCGCUCUACACCCUUGGAGCGGGUAUCAACCCGAACCGUAUUCUGCCUGUUAUGCUCGAUGUUGGAACGAACAACCACGCCCUGUUCUCCGACCCGCUCUACAUGGGCUGGAAGCGCACGCGUCUCCGUGGCAAGGUGUACGAUGACUUUGUCGACCAGUUUGUCCAGACGUGUCGUGAAAUCUUCCCGAAGGCGGUCAUUCACUUUGAGGACUUUGGCAUGGCGAAUGCGUACCGCUUCAUGCAGAAGUACCAGAACCAGAUGCCGUUCUUCAACGACGACAUCCAGGGUACCGGCGCGGUGACGCUUGCGGCGCUGAUCUCCGCGCUCAAAGUGAUCAAGUCGCCACUGGAGGACCAGCGCAUCGUCAUCUACGGCGCUGGAUCAGCAGGCAUGGGCAUCGCGAACCAGAUUCUGGACGGACUGAUGAUCCUGGGCGGUCUGUCUCGCGAGGAGGCGCUGAAGCGCUUCUGCCAGAUCGCAUUCGCGCGCCCAGACAGCGACAUUGCCGACUGGAAGCUUGAGAACCCCGAGCUGCCGAAUGAGGCGCAGCUAAUUGACGUCGUGCGCCACGUCAAGCCGACGGUGCUCAUUGGUACGAGCACGAGCCGAUGCGCUUUCGACGAGGAGGUCGUCAAGACCAUGUACGAGGGUACGAAGGAGAACGGAGGCAGCGGCCGACCGAUCAUCUUCCCGCUCAGCAACCCGACAGAGCUGUGUGAGGUCGACCCCAUCGACGCACUCAACUGGACGGACGGAAACGCACUCAUCGCAACGGGAUCGCCGUUCCCGCCGGUACCGAUGCCGGACGGCAAGGAAGUUCCAAUCGCCCAGACUAACAACGCGCUCCUGUACCCCGCGCUCGGUCUCGGCGCCAUCCUCUCGGGGGCCAAGGUCAUCUCCCCCGCCAUGCUGAUGGCGGCGGUACAUGCGCUCGCCUCCCAGUCUCCAGCACUCAGGGACGAGAAUGCCGCCCUGCUCCCCGAUCUCAGCGACGUGCGCACGGUCAGUGUGCCGAUCGCGUCCGGCGUGAUCAAGCAGGCGAUCGACGAGGGCGUCGCGACGGACGAGGAGGCGAUCAAGACGGCCAAGGAGAAGAGCGAAAAGGACCUGCAGAAGAUGAUCGCGGACAACAUGUGGAACCCGGUCUACAGGCCGCUCGAGCUUGUUGAUUAG